GAAGAUGUACCUGUGGAGAUGCGCGAAGCUGGGACGCUGACAUGGAAAUACUGAAGUGAUCGGAGCAAGCUUGUUGACGCAUAAUCCCGCCCGCCCCGCUGGCACUGGGAGGGGGCAAAUCUAUCUGCCUAAACUCCAAUCCUCCAAAAGAGAUUUACGGAGUGCGUUGGUGGUGGUGGUGUUGCUGUUUGUGGUCCAGAAGAUCCAACCUGCAACAUUUGGUCUAUUUUUACGCAUCUAUCCUCUGCGCGCUGUGAUGAUCAUGAACCAAUUUUGAUUUAUUUUUUAUUUUUUUGUGGGGAAAAAUACGCAUCGAUGAGUUUGUCGUGAAGCAGAGGACGCACCGAGCUAUAAUUAGGGUAUUAAAUCUGCACGGCACUGUUGGAACCGGCUGUCACUGCGUCGUGGUGUUGUUGGUGUUGGUGUUGGGGCUGUUGGAUGCGCCCUGAAGUGUGGACACGACCCGCGCGUACGUACAUCAUCAGAGGUAUUUGAUCGUGAUUUGUGUUGAAUACCCCGGAGAUCUGGAGCCAUGACAGGCCCCCCGCUGGUCCCACAGCCCGCCUGCUGACGGUACCGGGCAGGAUGGGAGCAGGUCUGCCGCUUUCAGGAUCCCGAACCAGCCGAUUUAUCAAUGGAGGAGGAGAGUGACACCCGGAAAAUUAACAACAGCUUCCUUCGCGACCACAACUAUGCAACCGAAGCUGACAUUAUCUCAACGGUGGAGUUUAACUCAUCGGGGGAGCUGUUGGCCACCGGGGAUAAAGGAGGCAGAGUGGUUGUCUUCCAGAGGGAACAGGAGAGUAAAAGCCAGCCCCAGCGCAGAGGGGAGUACAAUGUUUACAGCACAUUCCAGAGCCACGAGCCGGAGUUUGACUACCUGAAGAGUUUGGAGAUUGAGGAGAAAAUCAACAAAAUCAAAUGGCUUCCCCAGCAGAAUGCCGCCUAUUUCCUCCUCUCCACCAAUGACAAAACAGUGAAGCUGUGGAAGAUCAGUGAGCGAGACAAGCGUCCGGAGGGCUACAACCUGAAAGAUGAGGACGGACGGAUUAGAGACCCAUCGACCAUCACCUCGCUACGGGUGCCAGUGCUGCAGCCGAUGGACUUAAUGGUUGAAGCUACAGCCAGGCGCAUCUUCAGCAAUGCUCACACCUACCACAUCAACUCCAUCUCUGUCAACUCCGACCUUCAGACAUUUAUUUCCACCGAUGACCUCAGAGUGAACCUGUGGAACCUGGAGAUCACUGACCGCAGCUUCAACAUUGUGGACAUUAAACCAGCCAACAUGGAGGAGCUGACGGAGGUGAUCACCUCAGCAGAGUUUCAUCCACAGCAGUGUCACACAUUUGCCUACAGCAGUAGCAAGGGCUCCAUACGCCUUUGUGACAUGAGACAGGCUGCACUCUGUGACAAACACUGCAAAUACUUUGAGGAGCCGGAAGAUCCCUCCACUCGCUCCUUUUUCUCUGAAAUCAUCUCAUCUAUCUCUGACGUGAAGUUCAGCCACAACGGGCGCUACCUGAUGACAAGGGACUACCUCACUGUCAAAGUGUGGGACCUUCAAAUGGAGAACAAACCACUCGAGACAUACCAGGUUCACGACUAUUUACGAGGGAAGCUUUGUUCUUUAUAUGAGAAUGACUGCAUCUUUGACAAAUUUGAGUGUGUCUGGAAUGGCUCAGACAGUGUCAUAAUGACCGGCUCCUAUAAUAAUUUCUUCCGUAUGUUUGACCGGAACACAAAACGAGAUGUCACUUUAGAAGCAUCGAGAGAGAACAGUAAACCAAGGGCUAUACUUAAGCCUCGGAAGGUGUGUGUAGGAGGAAAACGGCGUAAGGAUGAAAUCAGUGUUGACAGUCUAGACUUCAGCAAGAAGAUCCUUCACACCACAUGGCACCCGCAUGAGAACAUCAUCGCUGUAGCGGCCACAAACAACCUCUACAUCUUCCAAGACAAGGUCAACUAAAGGCCAAUCUGCCCCGGCUGACCCCUGACCCCGUACAUGAGGGGCUUCAGGGAAAAGUAGGGAUGGAUUAAGGGGAGAUCUGGAGCUGUUUGCUACAUCCUCCUUCUCCUCUUCCUGUGUUUAGUUGCUGCUAGUCUUCAAAUUUUCCACUCUGCUGAGAAGAGUGUCCCCAGACUGGGAUACAUGGAUACAGCUGAGGAAAAUGUGAGGAAAAAGGCUCCUUGAAAUCAAGAAUGAACUUUCAUUCUUCACUUGGACUUCUUAUUUAAUUUAUUUAGCCAUGCGGACACGCAAAGAAGUGAAUCCUGUGCUGUUAUGCAACAAGAGGAUUGCUGCAUGAAUAAUGUGUGAUGUAGCAGCCCUCUGGACCCUGGAGAAAGGGGUGAUGUGGGUACACUGAACAUAGAGCACACAGACAGAAACCCUGCUUACAUGAUGGAGCUUUGUCAUGUAGCAACAGUGCCCCCUCUCUUUCGGUCUUGCUCAUGCAACAGCGCAUGUGAUCGGCCUGUGGUUUCUAACUGGGGCAAAGUUUGGACAGCACAACCUGCUGCUGCAGAACUCCCACAAAAAGAGGAAGAGACUGUUAAUUUGAUUCCAGAAACUGAGAGUUUUCUCUGCCUGUGACACAACACGGUCAGUCUUUCUAGUACCAAUUUUGUGUGUUCCUGGUGAGACUGCUAUAGUCUGUGAUGUGAAUGAAGCCCUGCCAGGCUGUCAAUGGUUUUAUUUAAUGCUGUUGUUUUAUUAAGUCCUUCUCGGUCAAUGAGUCUGUUUAGAAGCUGUGGUGCCUUCUUUUGGUAUGUGGGGUUUGAUGUAGUGGGUGUGGGAGGGGGGAGGGACUGAGUACAAGGCAGGAGUGUGAAUGUUUCAAAUGAAACUUAACUUAGGAAUUUUCUUUUUUUUUUUUUUCUUUCUGUUUUUCGUUCUCUCGCUCUAAACAGAAACAAAAAAAGCUCCACUACAGUCCCAAGUGGAAAAAAGUGCUUGAGGCAAUGUAGUCAAGAUGAUGUUAUAGCACCGGCUACAUGCUUUGUGAGUUCAGGGGAGGACGCUGUGAUGUGUACAGAGUAAUUGUUGCCCUUAUCACACUGCAGUCAGUCUGAUGUCAACCAUGCCACAUUAAUAAAAUCUUUAGUCAUUGUUAUCUUAUUUGCAUAGUGCUGAAAAUGAUUUGUAGAUGGCAGAUCCUUACAUUCUUUAUGUUAUGUACAAAUGAGCGUCAAGUUGAGAUUUCUUGGCAUUCCAUAAUGAUAGCAUAGCUCUUGAACUAGUUUUUUGCAUGCACUGGAUCUGAAUCAGAUGAAACGGUCAGCCUGCUUAGUUAAAUGAACAUCGACAGAUCAUGUUAAGCACUAUGUAAGUAAAAUAUGUUCAAAUUUAUUUCUCCAGUGGCUACAAAACAUAGCCAGUUUGACAAUAAUUUUUGAUCGCUGUGGUGCCUGUCCAUGUUUUUCCUCUUGUUGAUGAGGAGGAACCUGGAACAGUAGCAGGUUGAAUUUUAGCACUGAUCAGUUUGGAUCAGUUCCUUUGCUCAGUAGGACUCAGAUUUGUGUUAGCUCCCAUUACAGAAAGCAGACAAAAGGUCUAAUUAAACUCUGUGAAAUCAGGGAAUUAUUAAGUGUGAUUCCUUUCAACAGUUAAUGUCUUCUAAACAACCUCCUUUGUGACACUUCUAAUUGAAACAAAAACUUUUAUAGCUGAGAAUGUAUUGAAAUGCAACUACUUACCAUGCAGUCUUUAUGCUUACUGGACUUUCUUUGAAUAAAAAAGAAUAAAGAGGUGCAAAUUCA